GGGCGCAGGGCGGGUGGCGCAGGGCGUGCGCGAGGCGAGCCGGGGAGGCCGGGGACCGAGGGGCGCGGGCGCGGGCGCGGGGCUGCGGCUCCGCCCGCCCCUCCCCCGCCGCAGUCGGAGGCCCUUCCCGGGAGAAGAUGGCGGAUCGGGCGGAGAUGUUUUCUCUCUCCACCUUCCACUCGCUGUCGCCGCCGGGCUGCAGGCCUCCCCAGGACAUAAGUCUGGAAGAAUUUGACGAUGAAGAUCUGUCUGAGAUCACCGAUGACUGCGGCCUGGGCCUCAGCUACGACUCAGACCACUGUGAGAAGGACAGUCUCCCUCUGGGGCGCUCCGAGCGGCCGCACCCCAUCUGCUCCUUCCAGGACGACUUCCAAGAGUUUGAGAUGAUCGAUGACAAUGAAGAGGAUGAUGAUGAUGACCAAGAGGAAGAGGAGGAGGAGGGAGAAGGGGAGGGUGAGGAGGGAGGAGGCCAAGGCUGCGAGGCACCUGCCCAGGAGCCCCUGAUCCCCUCCCCCUCUGUGGAGGAGCCCCACAAGCACCGGCCCACCACGCUCCACCUGACCGCACUGGGAGCGCAGGACUCCCUGAACAACAAUGGCGGGUUUGCUCCUGCCCCUCCAGCCUCCUGGCAGGAGACAGCACUGCCCUCACCCCCCCAGGAGCCCUUCAGAGAGGUCUCCCUCCCACCCACAGACGCGGGGCCCUGCGGGCCGCAGUCUCCAGUGCGCCCAGGCUGCGACUGCGAAGGGAACCGGCCCGCGGGCCCCGAGGCGCCAGGUGGGGCCUCGCCCUCCUCAGACCCGGGCAUCGAGGCCGACCUGGGCAGCCGCUCGAGCGAGGGCCGCGGGGGCCGGCGCAGCAGCCAGGAGCUGUCCUCGCCGGGCUCGGACUCCGACGGCGCGGGCGGCGCGCGCCUGGGCCGCAUGAUCUCGUCCAUCUCAGAGACCGAGCUGGAGCUGAGCAGCGACGGGGGCAGCAGCAGCAGCGGCCGCUCCUCGCACCUCACCAACUCCAUCGAGGAGGCCUCGUCUCCCGCCUCAGAGCCGGAGCCGGAGUCGGAGCCCCCGCGGGAGCCCCUACGCCGCCCCGCGUUCCUGCCCGUGGGCCCCGACGACACCAACAGCGAGUACGAGUCCGGGUCGGAGUCGGAGCCCGACCUCAGCGAGGACGCGGACUCGCCUUGGCUGCUCAGCAACCUGGUGAGCCGCCUGAUCUCCGAGGGCUCCGCGCCCAUCCGCUGCCCCGGCCAGUGCCUGUCGCCUGCCGCACGCCUGCCCGGGGAGCCCGCGUCGCCGGCCGGCGGGGACGCCGAGGUCGCCGUGGCUCCUGAGGCGGAGGGGCCCGGCGGCGUGGAGCUAGUGGACAUGGAGACGCUGUGCGGGCCGCCGUCGCCUGCGCCCCUGGCGCCCCGGCCUGGCCCCGCGCAGCCCGGGCCCUGCCUCUUCCUCAGCAACCCCACGCGCGACACCAUCACGCCGCUCUGGGCCGCGCCGGGCCGCGCCGCCCGCCCGGGUCGCGCCUGCUCCGCUGCCUGCUCGGAGGAGGAGGAUGACGACGACGACGACGACGAGGACGACGAGGGGGCCGAGGCCGAGGCCGAGGACGGGGCGGGGCCCGCGGGGAGCAGGGCCUGCGACCCCGCGGCGCCGCUGGACGCCUCCCUGGUGUACGACGCGGUCAAGUACACGCUGGUGGUGGACGAGCACACGCAGCUGGAGCUGGUGAGCCUGCGGCGCUGCGCGGGCCUGGGUGCCGACAGCGAGGACAGCGGCGGCGAGGCCAGCGAGGAGGAGGAGGCAAGGGCUGCGCUGCUGGGCAGCGAGGGCCUAGGGGACGCCUCGCCGGACAGCCCAGACCUCACCUUCUCCAAGAAGUUCCUCAACGUCUUCGUCAACAGCACGUCGCGCUCCUCCAGCACGGAGUCCUUCGGCCUCUUCUCCUGUCUGGUCAACGGCGAGGAGCGCGAGCAGACCCACCGAGCUGUUUUCAGGUUCAUCCCUCGUCAUCCGGACGAGCUGGAGCUGGAUGUGGAUGACCCGGUGCUGGUGGAGGCCGAGGAGGAUGACUUCUGGUUCCGCGGCUUCAACAUGCGCACGGGGGAGCGCGGGAUCUUCCCAGCCUUCUACGCCCACGCGGUGCCCGGCCCGGCCAAGGACCUGCUCGGGAGCAGGCGGAGCCCCUGCUGGGUGGACCGCUUCGAUGUGCAGUUCCUGGGCUCCGUGGAGGUGCCUUGUCACCAGGGCAAUGGCAUCCUGUGUGCCGCCAUGCAGAAGAUUGCCGUGGCCCGGAAACUGACCGUCCACCUGCGCCCUCCUGCCUCUUGUGACCUUGAGGUCUCUCUUCGGGGGGUCAAGCUGAGUCUGACCGGGGGAGGACCUGAGUUUGAGCGCUGCAGCCACUUCUUCCAGAUGAAGAACAUCUCCUUCUGCGGCUGCCACCCCCGCAACAGCUGCUAUUUUGGCUUCAUCACCAAGCACCCCCUGCUGAGCCGCUUCGCCUGCCACGUCUUUGUCUCCCAGGAGUCCAUGAGGCCCGUGGCGCAGAGCGUGGGCCGCGCCUUCCUGGAGUACUACCAGGAGCACCUGGAGUAUGCCUGCCCCACAGAGGACAUCUACCUGGAGUAGCCGCGGCCACCUCCUCCCGGCCCCCGCCGGACCUGCCCCAGGCACAGCUGCGCUGGGGGUGUCUGGAGAGGCCACCUUGGCUUUGCCGAGGACCGUGUCGGGGGUGGGUGGGACCCUCCGUCAGGAAGUCUCGGCACUGCGCUGGCAGCUCCUGUCCUCCUCCUUGCUCUCCAGGCACAGCCAAGGGGCUGCUGGAGAGGGGGCCCCCAAGCCUGCCCACUCUUCCUCCUGGCUCUUUCCUUCUGAUUCAACCUUUCUCUGUGUCAGUUUGGUCCUUGUCUGCCCCUUGAUCCCCACCCCAGUCAAUCCUCUGUCCAUCUCUGCCCCUUCUCUGUGCCUGCAAACGCUGCCCUCUGCUCCACGUCUGUUGGCUCUGAACUGGGGGUGUGUGGAGGAAAGGGGGCACAAGGUGGCUGGAGACAUCGGGCCACAGUGGCUCCCCUCCUGCCCCUCCCCUGUGAUUUAUAAAGGAAUUUUAAUUUUUAUAGUGACUCUCAAGGGAUCAUCCCAUCCUUGACCACAGGAACAAAGGGAGGGACCCCCCUACUGCCCCCCAUGGAGCCGGGGGAGGGAGCAGGAAGGGGAUCCCCAAAAAGAGCCUUGGGGGUAGCUAGGAGUGGUUCUGGAUGCUCAGCCCAAGAGCCCAGACUUUCGAGAGGAGGGCCCCAGGCCCCCAGCCUUGUGUCCGCUUUGCUGCUGCUGACAGCCCCUCAGCCCAGCGUCCGCCCCCACCCCCGCGUCCAUGGGACCUGCACAGCCUCAAUAAACUCUCUGCUUGGUGUG